UAUGUCCACAACCGACUCUUCCUCUUUGCAAUGCAAAAAACCAGAAGCAUCUAGAUGCUAUGGUUACCAAAAUAUCACAGGUUGAAUGAGGUGCUAUCAUCGGUGUGCGUGGCGAUCGGCUGUGCCGGCACCUGGCUAAAGUGAAAGAAAACGGGUACCUUCUAUCCUCUCUCCUAAGGUUGGCGGGAGAAGUAGCGGACCCCCUAGGACCUUCUCAGGGACCCCCAGGGGUCCGGGGACCCCAGUUUGGGAACCACUGGUCUAAAGGACUGACGUGGAACUGGCGAUACGAGCAUCUCAUUUACUACCUCAGUGAUGCAGUUAAAUGUUCAUGAAAUCAAGAUCAAACUGUACACUUGUGUGCUGGUGGCAGCAAUGAGCGCCGCGCUGCCAGGCGUAGCGCUAAAGUGGGCGGUUUCUCGACGAAAAGGUAUGUGGAGCAGUGGAACUGCUAUAUUUUGUAUGAAAAACAGUUUCAGAGCAAGCCUUAACGGUCUAGGUCCCAAGAGGGUGAAGCGCACGAAUAAGGAAGAAAAUAUGUGGGACUGCAGUGUCUGCACCUAUCGAAAUUCCCCAGAGGCCUUCAAAUGUCUUAUGUGUGAUGUACGAAAAGGAACAUCUACAAGGAAGCCACGACUGAAUGCUGAGCUAGUGGCAGCACAAGUGGCUCAGGUGGUACCACCUAAAAUAAAGAAAGCAGAGAAGAAAGACCGUGACCGUAAAGGGGAUGGUCGUAAUCUGCAAAAGGGCAGACCUCGAUUGAAGAAUGUGGAUCGUAGCACAGCACAACAUAAUGCUGUCACAGUUAAUAAUGUGACGGUCAUCAUCACAGAAUUUCAACCCAAACAUCGAUCCUCAUCCACAACAUCUUCCUCCAAGACCACUGCCACCUCAGGCAACACCUCAUCAGCCACCAAUGGGGAUGCUCAAGUCAUGUCAUCCUCAGAAGCUGGCUCAAUCUCAGAUGCCUCUACAGAUACCACUCGUAAUGGCGACAUGACCACUGAAUCCAGAAGCUCUUAGGUCAAGCUCACACAAUCACCAGCAGCUCUCAUACCCAUCUCAAAACAUCAUCCUGUCAACCUUCAGAGACAAAUGGCGAGAGGCAAACCACAGUUGAACAAUUGUGAUUGUGUCUGCAAUACAUGCCCUUCUGGCAUGCAUACACACUCUUACCAAGGUGGUGCAUGUGUGUGAGACAGUGCAAAGUAAAAAAAAACUGCCAUUUUUCUCAAUUUUUUUUGUGCAAGAGGUUGAGCUACCUCCUUACAGAUGUGACUUGGAAGAGAUAUAGGACUCUUAUCCAUGGCUCUAGUACUGCCAAUUUAUAUGUACAGUUUAGUUAACCUCAAAGGUAUUAUUUAGCUUACGUGUGGCACAGCAGAUAGCCAUAUAUAUGUUCACUAUCUUAAGAUUUGUACAACUGGGUUUGUAAAGGACUGCCUUUAUCCCAUUGUUCUUGCCUUUGUAAAGAUUUCUAGUUGAGAGUGGAUACCUUUAAUGAGGCAGUUGAGAAUGAAAAGUACUGUGCUGCCUCAAGCUUAGAUUGGCAUGAUGCUGAGACUGUGGCUUCAUAUGCCAUAUCCAAUAACUGUAAGCAUUGUCAUCAUUAUUGAAAGUAGUUUGUUUUAAAUCAAGGUCACUUGAAGAAGUAAUUGUUAUGAUAAUGUACAAAUAUAUCACGUUGCCUUGUUAGCAAAAAAUUUUUGAAAAUUCAAUGGUAAUGCAGAGGUACCUGCUCUUGGCACCAGAGUAAUACCACUGCCACCUUUGUGUCCCAUUUUGGCACUACAGUCAAGAAUUGCCAAGGGAUAUCUCUUGUUGAGGUUAGGGAUUAGGGCUGUAAGUCCUUGAUGUAAAUUUGUAUUGACUGAUGUAAUGUUAAUGUGUGUGUGUGUGUGUGUGUGUGUGUGUGUGUGUGUGUGUGUGUGUGUGUGUGUGUGUGUCUCUCACUUUGUCUUUCUGCAUGCAUGCAUGUAUGUAUGUUUGAGGUUUGAGGACGUAAAUGUACAAGUAUUUUGCUGUAAUUCUUGUAGGUUUGAUAACAAUUGCAUUUUUCUUUGAUUAUGACAAUUAUUUAUUUUAGGAUUUUUAUAUUUGGUGAAAUCCUUUUUUGCUUUGAAUAAAACUUUUUUAUGAUACACUAGCAAUGCAUGUACUUGGCUUUGCAACUUUUUUUUUUUUUUUAAUUAUUGCUGGUAGAUGGCUUUACAGCUAACAACAUGUCUUCAUGUUUACCACCAAGAGCCAGCAAAUUUUGAGUGAGGCAAUGCAUAAGCUGUCUGUGGUUACUUUCUAAUAUAUAAUUAUGGCAUCCCAAACAAAUCCUACCUCCUGUGUUCUUGAUGUAGUUGGUAUUUCUUUUAAGUUCAAACCACAGAAUAACACAAAUGAAUACUUUUUGUACAUUACUCAAUUAGCUCUUUCAUUGUAAAAAUAUGCCUAGAAUUAGAUAUCACUACAAAGGUGACUUCCACUUCAUAUAAUUUUUCCUGUUACCCAGAGAUGAUUGUUAUGCAGGACCUUCUACAUGUUUUACCACUCUGCUGUGACAGUUUGCAAUGUUAAGAUACUAAUGUUUCACAUUAAUACACAUGCAACGUGUAGGAUAUAAGUGGCAUCUCUGAUAUAAGUUUUUGUUUAGAUUAUGUACAAAAUAAUUUUCUGCUUUGAAGUGUUUGUUCAUUGGGCCAAGUAUUUGCAAAGCUGCUUGUAUAACUCAAUGGCUAACAGUUAAAUCAAACUGUUAUCUCUUGUUGAAGGACUGAUCAUUAAUAUCAUCUCUAUUAUUUGC